AUCAUCAUCAUCAUCAUCCAUUGCUACUAGUUACAGCCUGCUGGAUUACUGCGCCUUUACGCCCUUUUGAAAAGAACCCUGAUAUCGUGCUAUUAUCAACUCGAUUCAUAUUUUCUAUCCAUUCACCCAACGUGUGAAAAUGUUUUACACUUGCGGCCCCAAUGAAGCAAUGGUGGUGUCGGGUUUCUGCCGCUCUCCACCAGUCAUGAUCUCUGGCGGGAGAGUGUUUGUUUUUCCAUGCAUUCAGCAGAUACAAAGGAUCUCUUUGAACACACUGACGCUGAAUGUAAAGAGUGAUAAAGUCUACACACGUCAUGGAGUGCCCGUCUCGGUCACUGGAAUCGCACAGAUGAAGAUUCAAGGGCAGAAUAAGCAGAUGUUGGCUGCAGCAUGUCAGAUGUUUCUGGGAAAGUCAGAGGGUGAGAUUGCCCACAUCGCCUUGGAAACACUGGAGGGUCACCAGAGAGCCAUCAUUGCUCACCUGACUGUGGAGGAGAUCUACAAAGACCGCAAGAAGUUCUCAGAGCAGGUGUUCAAGGUGGCUUCAUCCGACCUUCUCAACAUGGGCAUCAGCGUGGUCAGCUACACACUCAAAGACGUUCAUGAUGACCAGGAAUACCUGCACUCUUUGGGAAAGGCCCGUACGGCACAAGUGCAGAAGGAUGCGCGGAUUGGAGAAGCCAAGAACAAAAGAGAUGCAGUGAUCAGGGAGGCCAAUGCUGUACAGGAGAAGGUAUCUGCUCAGUACAUGAAUGAGAUCGAGAUGGCUAAGGCUCAGAGAGACUACGAGCUGAAGAAGGCUGUCUACGACAUUGAGGUCUUCACCAAAAAAGCGGAGUCUGAAAUGGCCUAUCAGCUCCAGGUGGCGAAGACAAAGCAGCAGAUCGAGGAGGAGAAGAUGCAGGUGAUGGUGGUGGAGCGCUCGCAGCAAAUCAUGCUGCAAGAACAGGAGAUCACACGCAAGGAGAAAGAGCUGGAGGCCAAAGUCAAGAAACCAGCCGAGGCCGAACGAUACCGGCUGGAGAAACUGGCGGAAGCCGAACGAUCUCUGACACCUCAGAUGGCAGAGGAGAUCAGUAAGCCCCUGUCAGCUACCAAUAAGGUCACCAUGGUUUCCAGUGGAGGUUCAGAGAUCGGUGCAGCCAAGCUGACAGGUGAAGUGCUUGACAUCAUGACCAAACUGCCCGAAGCCAUUGAGAAACUAACUGGGGUCAGCAUUUCCCAGGUGGCCCGAACCGGUUGAAGAAAUUCUCCUACAUUCUCUCUCCUCUAUCUGUGACAAUUCAUUUCUUCUCCUUUUAUCUUCCACACUGCAUCUCUUUUGUUUUCCCUUCCCCAUCUUUCUCUCUCGACGUACACUUCCUGUCUGUCUUGCCUUGCUGCCAAAACCCAAAGUGCAUUUUAAUCUAAAACUCCAGGGAAGAAUGCUGUUCUUUAUAUUUUUAAUGCAAUCAUAAGAAGACAGUGAAGUCCAAGGAUCUGUCGAAUGCCAUUACACACCGACACUUUUGACAUUUUGAAAUGUUACACCUUUAGUUUUUCUUGUAGAGUACUUUUUAAUGCUGGUAGUGCACUAUGAGCAUUUCGUUAUAUUUGCAUUAGUUACUUUCCAUUAGUAACCUUUUGGAAGCCAAAGUAACAUGAAGGGAAACACAUUUAU